GCAUUCUUGCGCAUGCGCUCGAAUGACUAAUAUGAAAGUAAGCUCGUCUCAGCCGUUGAUAGUUACUUUCGUGGAACUGGUGCUCGGAAAUCUGUAAUCAUCUGACGCUAUAUCAAAUGUACCCUUAAGUAGUUGUUGUCAAUACCUCAAAGACAUAUUCAGCUACUUUUAAAAGCAGUCAUUGGUGAGCCAAAAGCUACGAGAUACGAAAACAACACAUUUCUAUCUGUAGCCCGGAAUUGUCGUUGGAGCUAGCAUUAGCAGUUUAGACCGGGGCCCAGGAUAGUGACGCUCCCCGAAAAAAAGGGAAAAUUUCUCUUCUCUUUCUCAAAACUUUUUAACACAGCUUUGCGUGAUGGCUUGUGGAGCUACUUUGAAAAGGACUCUGGACUUUGAUCCGUUGAUGAGCCAGGCUUCCCCUAAAAGGAGGAGGUGCGCCCCGAUCACGUCUCCAGUGUCUUCACCCCAGAAGUAUCUGCGUAUGGAGCCAUCACCGUUCGGCGAAGUAUCGUCCAGACUUACCACAGGUACGAAUAUUCAACUUAAUCAGAUCCUUACUUCAAACUCAGGCCUGAUCGUUUUCAUCCAUUUUCAUUUGAGUCCGGAUAGUGUUAGACUUUCCUUAUGUUUUCCAGUGCGUCAAAAACUAGUGACACCCUUCGUCACUCCGAUAGCAUUUGAUUCACAACCCAGGCUGUCAGUAAACACACAAUGUGAUGUGACUCCCUCUUUGCCAGCUGUUGAGUCGACCUACACUGCUUAGCAGCGGCAGUAUUAUGCACUCCAGUACACCUCCAACACCCCACACAUCUUCAACAGUCAAUCUAAAGAUUAAUAAUCAUCUGUCUGAUCAAGUCCUGACAGUUGUAAAAGCUCUGUACAAUUUCAUUGUAGAGUUGCACAGGUGAUGACGGUGUUAUGGUUGGUCACUGUAUGUGAAAUGGGUGAAAUUUCUUUGAUAUUUGAUGUCAACUGAAUUGUGUAUUUUAAAGGGAUAUUGCGAUGCAAAAUUAAUUUAAGGUCAAACACACUGUAACAGCGAGUUAGAUACCUCCUUGAGAAAUGCAUGUUGCUGACUUCUUGCUUCUCUAGUCAUACCAACUUUAGUAACAAGCACACAGCAAUACACAGCGGUCUAUGUCUCCACACGCAAACCUCAACCAAAAAGCCACUCUAUAGCCACAAAUAAUGCUCAGAACAGCACCUAACUUCAUCAACAGUACAUAUAGGGUCCCAGCCAGAGUACUAGCCAUCAAACAUCUUUUUAGCUUUGCCUGAUUUCGAUAGCAAAGAGACUAAACCCAACUGACCUACUCUCUUCCAGCAGCCACUUGUUUGUAGCGGGACCUCAAGCCAGUCCAUUACGGACUGCAGCGGGGUGACGCAGCUCAAGGAAGAACAUUUAUGAUCAUUACUUUAUCAUUUCCUUGAAGUAAUAAUCACCAUAUUAAUCAUUUUGCACUGCAGACUCUGUAGUUUUUCUGCCUUAGCAUCUCCAUCUGAUUGCAUUUCCACGAAGAAAUGAUCAUUAAUGUUCUUCCUUGAGCUGAGUCACCCCACAGCAGUCCAUAAUGGACUGGCCCGAGGUCUCGCUAUAAACAAGCGGCUGCUGAAAGAGAGUUGAGGAGUUGUGUUUAGUCUCUUUGCUAAAGAAACCAGGCAAAAUUAAAAAUAUGUUUGAUGGCUAGGACCCUAUAUGUACUGUUGAUGAUGUUAGGUGCUGUUCUGAGCAUUAUUUGUGGCUUUAGAGUGGCUUUUUGGUUGAGGUUUGUUUACGGCUCCUCAGACUGCUGUGUAUUGCUAUCUUGCUGUCAUCACUAAAGUUGGUAUAACUAGAAAUGCAAGCAGUCGGCAACAUUCAUCUCUCGAGCGGUGUCUAACUCGGUGUUAUGGCGUGUUUGACCCCAACUUAAUGUUACACAGGAAUAUCCCUUUGAUGUAUUAGAAUAAGCUGCCAGGGCACAUGAAAACACUAGAUUUGUAAAAUCUGUGCUGUCUCCGUAGAUAUGCUUCGACUCCUCUGUGGAGAGGGUUUGUUGUUUUAUGGUUGUAAUAUAAUUUUUUUUUCUGUUGCAGAACAAAUUCUACACAACAUCAAACAGGAGUAUAAGCGACUACAGAAAAGGCGACACCUUGACAGUGCCUUCCAGCAGGCAGACGGCUGCUUUCCUCUGGAUCUGCAGAACAUUCACAGUGGAUCUGUGUUACCAGGUAGGCAGCCGACAGACAUGAAACUAAAAGCUGCUUUGAUUGGUUUAUAAAGUUCUUUGUUGGGAUAACAGCAUGGUUACAUUAAACACUGCGUUUGAGUUACCUCGGAAGUCAGAUGUCGGAGCUGAAAAUGACGUGACAACCGAAUUCCCAGCGUUUCAGUUCCCAAGUCAGAAAAAAGCUAAAUCAGAGGCCCAGAGAACAAGAUGGCUACUUCUACGAAGGUUAUUUUAGCCCUAGCCUUGUGUUCGGACAAGACAAUCGCUAAAGUAACUUUCGGGUACCAAUGCACCAUUACUUACAGCAUAUUUGGAUGGACUUUACAUUUUGUCAUUUUAAAAAAAAAUUUAAUAUAGUAACUGUUUUAAAUACCUUAUUUUUUACUUGUGUCCUCUAUGACAUUCACCUUCUUUGACACCUGUAAAUCAAGAUCUUUUGUAUCUUUUGUUUUCCUAUGAAUUUCUAAGUGUGCUAACUCUCAGACAUUGAAACUUGCAGCUGUCAAAGUUGUACCUUUCUUGUAUUAAUUGUGGUAAAAUUCCCCUCAGGUACAUCCUCAGGUGCUUUAUCUCCCUCCAGAAAAGAGCAGCCCUUAUUCUCCCUUAGACAGGUCGGGAUGAUAUGUGAGAGACUACUGAAAGAGCGGGAGGAGAAAAUCCGUGAGGAGUACGAUGAGAUACUGACAACAAAGCUUGCAGGUAAAGUAAACAGGAAAAUGGUCGUAGUGUAGAAACAAUUUGUGAAGCUGUUGAGAAGAAGCUAAUGAAUGUCUUUUUUUUUCUUCUCAACAGAGCAAUAUGAUGCAUUCGUCAAAUUCACACAUGAUCAGCUGAUGCGAAGGUUUGGAGAGCAGCCUGCCAGCUGUGAGUACUUGUGGUGUCAUGUACAGCUCUGUGGUCUGUCCCAAACUUUUCAUUUUGGUUUGUCUUUUUAGCCAGCAGAACUACUCAAGGUUUCUGAUGCACUCUUACAAUGAACUACGUUUGAACAACCUGCUGAUUCAGAACCUGAGAGAUUAACAAAGUGUCAGUGUUCAGGUUACAGAAGAAUAUUAAAGUGCAGUGGAGGAGCCUUUAAUAUUUUAUUAUAAUAUAUUUUCAAAAACAUAUAAGAAAUAAGUGUUUCAGCUCCAUCCACAGCCAAGGAAAGGGUAUUGGGUUUUAGUUUUGCUACCGGGUCAUCAAGUAAUGAUGAGAAAUGUGUUCUUUGAAAAACAUUUCAGUGGCUGUAGUGUCUUGUACGUUUCUCUUCCACUAGAAUAAAUCCUGUUUGCUCUUCACACAGAGAUAGAUUUAAACCUUCCAGUGUCACGUUCAAGUGAGACAGCUGGACUGAAAAUCUGGUUGAGCUGUGCUAAUACACAGGCAAACAGCAGCUGUUCUGACAUGUUUCAUUUGAUGUUUGUUGAAACGGUUGCAUUGCACCUUUUAGUUAUGCAUAGGUGUUCAAACACAGCAAUUCACUCGUGUGUGCACAACAUGUGCACAAGUGAAAUACAAACACAAAAGUAACAUUUUUAACUCAAAGGCCUGAUUAUGUCUACACAUCAUCCCCAGAGUCAGAUUUCCCUGCAGUAGGUGAUCAGUGUUAGACUCUUAGUUUGAUCAGAUGAUCAACUUUCUCUUCUCUACUGCUCUUUACGCCUUCCAUGAUUUUGUUGAAUUGAGCAAAUUAUCCAAUAUUUUUUCCCCUUCGACUCUCAUAUUGAUUUUCCUAAUGUAUUAGCUGUUUUUUAUUUUUUUGUAUGACAGGCAGUUUUCAAAUUAAUAAAAAAAAACUUCUUGCUCUAGUCUGGAUAAUUAUAAAACAUUAGUCAAAAUGAGCUUCUUAAUGAUCAAUAAUGGCGUUUCUCCACCCCGGAAUAAUCAUUCUUUAUGUCUGCAAUAAAAUUCUUUAUGGGAACAGUUCCAAUUUUGGUUGUCUACAAUCCAGUUAUCACUGUCACAACUUGUGCUUCAGAAAUCCACCAAGAGUAGUUUUUACAGAAAGUCAUAACAUAACUUUGAAGUGACAGUUGUCUCAGGAAGAAUGAUGAAAGUUGGGCCCUCUUUUACUUGUGUGCUGAAUGAGCAAGCUUGAGCACAAGUGCAUCCAACUGAUGCAGCUUCUCAGGUUGAAUUGUCCUGUGCAUAUUCGUUCAAGUGAUCAUGUUACACAUGGUGAGCAUUGUUGCAAAUUUGUGUUGAAUCUUCCCACAUUACAGGCGCUAGGGUUGCGAGUAAUGACAUGACUUUGUGCGUGCAGCAGUCCUGCAGUGCAUCCCUCUGUCAGGGAAAGAUGAGAGGCGUUCCAGAGAUGCAUGGGUAGUGAGUUUAGAGUAACUCUUAGAUUUUUAUGAGCCAAGGACUCGGUAUGCAAACCGAAGCAACACCACUCAAAAGUAAAUUCUCACCCUUAUGCAGGGACGUGAUUUUUCUGCGUUUAUUUGAAACUGCAGAGUUUCUGACCCAGAGUCGGCUGGCGACAUGUUAAUGAAGUAGAUUCUGAAACCUAUGCCAAAUGAAUAUAAAGUUUUAAGAACCUUUUUUUUGUGAUAUUUAUGUGGUUUAAAGAAAAGGUCAUUGAUUUACAUGACCUUAAAUGGUAAGUUAAAUGUCAUUGAGUAAACGUUAGGGCUGUUCCUGCUUUUUUGUUUUAAAGCCAGCCCCUGUUUAUGGAAAAAAUGCUCAAACUGAUGUGCUUGUCUCUGUCUGUCUGUCACAGAUGUUUCCUGAGUGUUGGCGUCUCAAACUGAGGACUACCAUGAAAUGCAAGCUACUCCAGGGACUCAGUGGGCCUAGUCGAAUUUUUCUCCUAGCUGUGCCAUACCGCCUCUAUGUGGACUCACUGCCUCAGGCAUCACUUAGUGGCAUCCACUCUUACCGUGUUUGCCAGAGUUAAGAGGGCUUCCUGCUGCCAGGACUUUCUGUGACUCCACCAGUGGCCUCUUAAUUGCUGUGUUGAUAUUUAUUUGGCUUUUUCCUGACGCCUUCUUAUAAAGGCUGAUUGCCCUCACACACUUGGCCUUCUGAUUUGAUUUUUGUUGAAUUUAGUUUAUCUCACAGAGAGGCUGUCAUGAAACGCCUCUAUGUAAAUUUUGAAAAAGGGAUUGAGUGGCAAUGAGUGGACAAACCAAGUCCACCUGCUGACUGGGCUCCAGGAACGGGCAUCUUGGGCUUUUUUUAUUCUUAGCAUUGUUUUAAAACUGUUCUGGAAAUUACUGCUUUUACAUUUGUAUACACUGUAUUUUUGCUUGACUUUUGUUCUUUGUUAAAAAGGAUGUCAUGAUUUUGUUUGCUGUAGGUAUAAAGGGGUGUUGAUUUAAGAAAAUCAGAUGAAUAAAAAAGGUUUACACAAGUG